AUGGGAAAUAUCGAAUCUUCACAAGAUGGCUCGUUGAGUCGUCGAUCAUCUCAACGAAAAAGCGGCUCUCCAUCACCGCCGUCCGAACAAAAGCGCAGCAACAGUUUAAAAAAAAACAAUCAAACGAACAACUCGAUUCGAUCCGAUCAACCGUUGAUUCGACGAAGUAAAACGUGUCGAGUGAAAGAUCGAUCGCAACGAGUCCGUCCACUGUGCAUGGUCACUGGAUUAACGGCUCAUCAGAAAGUUCUGUUGGCGAAAAAGUGGAGCAAAAUGGACAACACGGCGCUUUACGAGAUGGGAAAACGUGUAUUCGAGGGAGUUUUUGCCGAAAAUCCCCAUUUUCUCGCAUUCAUCGGUCUCUCGCAAGCCGGGCUUUGGAAGAAAAAUAUCGCUUUUCGUUUACACACACAGCGUUUCGUCACAUCGAUUUGUGAAUGUUUGAGACGAAUGAGAGACACACAAGCCGCGUGUGAUGUAUUGAGAGAUUUCGGUGCUCUUUACUCAUCACAUCGUGUACCAAAUGCCUAUUUCGAGAAGCUAGCCCUUGCUCUGUGCAAUGCCGCGAAAGAUUUCGAGGAUUUUGUGAUUGCCGAGAAUGAGCGUCAUCGUUCUCCCUCAGCCGAUCCAUCGUCGUCCUCGGCUACCGAUUCGGCGAUUUCGAAUGGAAACUCGUCUCAUCAAUACUUCAAUCCACUCAUUCACCGAGGCUCCACUCUAUCGACCAUUUCUGCCAAUACGACGAAAGGAGAAGUCACUUUUGGACCCACAGAAAAUAGAUUUCCAUCCUCAAUUCCGCAUGGAUAUCUUCCCAGUCGACACUCGGAUUCAGCAAUGUACAAAGUGAAUGGAUUGAUGAGAAAUGGAUCACUUAGAGGUACUCCACCACACAAUUCCUCGGAUUCGGAUUCUCCACCAAUUCGUCCAAAUAUUUCCCUCCCACCAAACGGAUCACAAAAAUCGAUAAAUUGUCCUGUUGCAAAUGAGGCUUGGUCAAUUUUUGCGUCAUUUGUCGCUAAUCAGAUCAAAUUCGGCUAUGAAUUGGAAAAAGUUCUUCAAUUAGAGAUGUCAAAGUUGGGUCUUUCGACAAAACACACAAAUAUUCAAGUAAACGAUUCAAUUUUCUCUUCUACAAAACAAACGAUUGAUGUCGAA